AUGCCUGAAGAUACUUCAACCAACAAAGCUAGCAAGGAUAAAAUAAUUUGUGCCAAACCUUAUGUAGGAAGCGACGAACAGAGCGGAAGUGGAAGCAGCGAAUACUUAUCUUUUAAAGUAGACCAAGAGUACAUACCCUUACAUGAACGGAUUUACAAGAAAAUCGCCGAUGGAAAGCGAUUCUUCUCCUUAGAGUUUUUCCCUCCAAAAACAGCAAAUGGAGUAGCCAACUUCUUGACUAGAAUUGAUCGUUUCAAUGAGGGUAAACCUAUGUUCAUAGAUAUUACUUGGCACAUGGGUAGUGAUCCAGCUAAUUUGGAAAAAGAAACUUCGUCUACUUCUAUUGCCGCGGCAUGUUUAGACUUCUCUAGAGCAGAAACUAUGCUUCAUAUGACCUGCGUACAAUAUCCGAAAGAAAAAACUAUAGCUCAUCUCAGACAAUGUAAGGAACUCGGCUUGAGGAAUAUCCUAGCUCUUAGAGGAGAUAUGCCAACACCGGCACCUGGAAAUGAGGAUAAAAUUCAAACUUACGAAUGGUGUGCCUUAGAUAUGAUCAAAUGGAUAAAGGAGGAGUUUGGUGACUUUUUCACGAUCUGUUGUUCUGGCUAUCCUUUGGGACAUCCUGAAGCUCCAACCUAUGAGGCUGACUUGAAAUACUUGAAAGCUAAAGUCGAUGCAGGAGCUCACUUUGUUAUAACUCAACUUUUCUUCGAAGCUGAAGUUUUCGAGAAGUUUGUAAAAGACUGCAGAGCAAUCGGUAUAACCGUCCCUAUCAUACCAGGAAUAUUGCCAAUCAUGGGUUAUGACUCUAUGAGAAGAAUAGCUACUCUUUCACAACUGACCAUCCCUGAUUCUAUAAUGCAAGAUCUCGAACCUAUUAAGCAUGAUGAUGAUGCCGUCAGGAACUACGGUACGAAGAGGGCUAUCGAAAUGUGCCAAAGAUUAUUAGACAACGGAAGUGCUCCGUCUAUUCAUUUGUACACCAUGAACAGAGAAGGAACUUGCAGAGAAAUUCUUAAAGCUAUUGGACUAUGGAAUGAGAAAAAGAACAAAAAUCUGCCAUGGGAAGCUCAUGGUGGAAACCAUCCUUUCAGAUGUAAAGAGGAUGUACGUCCAAUUUUCUGGAGUGGACGACCCAAGUCUUACAUCUACAGAACAAGAGAUUGGGAUGAGUUCCCCAAUGGACGUUGGGGUAACAGUUCUUCACCGGCCUUUGGUGAUCUUAAAGAUUAUUAUUUGUUCCAUUUAAAGGGACAAUGCCCAACAGAUGAACUUCUCAAAAUGUAUGGACAAGAGUUAAGAUCGUUCGAAGAUGUCAAGCAAGUUUUCGUAGACUUCAUCACUCAAAAACCAAACAAAAACGGAGUUACCGUUCGUUGUCUUCCUUGGUCUGAGUUGGAUUCCGGAGUUUUACCAGAAACCCAAUUGAUUUGCGAAAACUUGUUGUGGUGUAAUCAGGAGGGUAUUCUCACUAUCAACAGUCAACCGUCUGUUAAUGGGGCACCUUCUUCUGAUCCAUUAGUUGGUUGGGGAAAGCCUGGUGGUUAUUGCUACCAAAAGGCAUACUUGGAAUGCUUCCUCCCCAAAGAAGCUACCCAGGCCUUCUUGGAAAUCAUAUUUUCAUACACCCCUAGAAUCAACUACCACGUUAUUAACCACGACGGCUCAUUCGAACAAACGAAUGGGGAGGAAACCACUCCAAUCGCUGUUACAUGGGGAGUGUUCCCCGGAGCAGAAAUAGCUCAACCUACCGUUGUAGAUCCAUUAUCCUUCCGUGCUUGGAAAGAUGAAGCAUAUGCUAUGUGGAUUAAGAACUGGGCUUCAUUAUAUGGAAAAGACUCUGCGUCAAAGGAUGUUAUUCAAUCAGUCCAUGAUAACUUCCACCUGCUCACUCUAGUAGACAAUGAAUUCAUGAAAGAUUCAGUCAUUUUCGAAAUACUAUCAGCUGUAAUAGAGAAAGUCAAGCAACAUUAA